UGUUCCUGCUCUCUGGGAGCUCACAUGCUGAGUAAAGAAGAGUGGGUGUGAUGCGAUGGAACAUUCUGUAACUGUGAACUCCAAAUAUGGGAAUGAAGGUAGGGUAGGCUUGGAUUUCCUGUCCGUCCAUAUGGGUUAAAACGAGAGCUCAGAAUGCUGAUAGCACCCAAAACUCUAGUUUCGUUCUUGAAAGACCGUGUGUGACAGAGAUCGCUGGGCAACGAAAUUGUGCUGCCUGUUUCUCUUGGGAAGUCUGUAAACAUGAAGCUGUUUCUGGUUCUCAUUAUGCUGCCCUUUGAGGUCCUACCAGCAGAUACGGCAUGACCCAGGAAAUGCUUUAGUAAUAUAACAGGCUACUGCCGGAAGAAAUGCGAGAUGGGGGAAAUCUAUGAAGUGGCAUGUCGAAAUGGGAAAUUAUGUUGUGUUAAUGAAGGCGAAAACAAAAAACACAAGAAAGCCCCAAAGUCGCCUUGCUUUUUGGUACAGUCUGAUGGGAAGAUGGACUAUGUUAUUUUACCCACUACCACACUUCUUACAAUCCAGAUAUGAAUCAGGGGCUGGCUCCGCUGGUCUCCACUCUUCUUAAACCAAAAACGCCACCUCUUCCGACAUCCUGGGGCAAGAGAUGUAUCUACUUCUUCUGUGACCUUGA